UUGAUUUUGUCUGAACUGAUCCCGCUGUUUUCUGUUUGUAGAAUACAACGACGAAGAUGCGUUAUCCGUUCCUUUUAGGUGUAUUCGUCAUAUUUGCCGGCCAGGCAUAUGCUACACAUCAAGUGGGACAACCCAAGCCUUCAAGAAUACCAGGGCAAGGGAAAAUAACGUCACUACCACUAGAUGGCGUUAGCACACUACGACCUUCUCAGAGUUCCAGACCCUGCAAACCAACGCUACCACUAGAUGGCGUUAACACACCACGACCAUCUCAAGGUUCCAGACCCUACAAACCAACGGUGACUGAUGACGUGAACAAAAUGAAAAUUCGCAAAUUGUGGUGGACGAAAAUACAACUGAUGAAACAUCGCUCAUGCCAAAAUAAACCUGGAGUAGAAGAGGAAAAGAACGAAGAUGAUGGAAUACCUGAACAAGAAAAAAGGAACAGACCAAGCUUAAAGAAAUGGAUUCCAGAGAAAGGAAAUUCCAUCAACAUCUCUCCAACCAAAAAUGCUACUAUACCUGUACGACAGACGAAUGGUAAACCAAGUAAACACACCACAAAUUCUGGCAUAAAACGGAGGGGCAAAACCAGUAAAAGGGUGAAAAGUAAAGAAAAAACCGAUAGUAAAUGCAUUUUGGAAAAGAAAAAAGCUACAAAUGCCACACAAAAGGCGAGAGGCAAACGGAUGAGAAAUGCAAAAAUACCUGAAGAUGAAAAUGGAAAAGGAUGCAAAGACAAAGUCUUAAUUUUUUCCAAAAACCGAAAUUCUAUAAAAUCUGGACAGAGAGCUAGAGACAAAGCAAACAAAAAUUCUGCAAAAUCUGGAAACAAAAUCAGAGAAAGAGUCAGCAUCAAAGGAAGAUCCCAAGAUAUUCCCGAUAGCAAAGACGUUACAGACCCCGGACAGCAGACAAGCGUCGCGCCAAGAAAUGCUGAUAGAAAACCUGGCUUACGAGGGGGAGUAAGAGGUGUGGAACAAAUCGUUAGAAUAACAGAAACCAAACCUGGACACAACAAGGAAGGCGAACCAUACUUUCCGGGACAGAAUGAAGGCAAUUCGGCUACACCGGGAGAACGGUCUCCUAGAAAAGACAGUGCAUGAUAACAAGUUUUCAACAGUGUGAGAGAUGCGAUAUCAAAGACGGGAUUUUCGCUUGUGAAAAGUCUGAAAAUCCAAUAUAAAAUGAUGGUUUGAUUUUGAUAUCGAUCACAUGUUGAUUAAGAUUGAUUUGAUUUGAUCGUGCGGAAGGCCACCGCGGCCGUCCUAUAUGUACCCAAUUGGUAAUGUCCAUUUAUUAUAUAUUUUCAUGCUUUGAUAUGGUGUGACAAUUGUGUGGUAUAUUGCAUGCUGUUUAUGCUAUGGGAUUUACGUAUUAUAUACCACUGAAUGACAUACAUGUAGUAUACCAAGGGAUUUCUGUGUUAUGUACCACUGUAUGAUAGGGUAUACUAUGGGAUUUCUAUGUUAUUAUAUGUCACUGCCUGAUAUGGUAUACUAUGGGACUUUCAUGUUAUUAUAUACCACUACAUAUGAUACAGUAUAUUAUGGGAUUUCUAUAGAUAGGAUCUCCCAUGGUUUGUGGUUGGAUAUGAUUAUUAUCCAACAAGUUGCGAGUUUUCUAUCUCCGAGCCUUGGCGAGUUGGAUGAUAAUCAUAUCCAACCACAAACCAUGGGAGAUUCUUUUUAUCACAUAUUUUAUUCUAACAUAGCAUUGAAUUUGCAUUUCCAAAAUAUUCUGUUUUGUUUACCACAACACGAACUACAUUCGUAACGUUAACAUUACGCCGCUACAAAUAGUUCGUUAGGAAAUACAAAUAAAAAUGAAUAUUGGCAGUCACAAUGUUUAAUUCAUAAAAGAUCCUUUUAAAUGAGGAGAAAAAUUACAUUCUAGGACGUUUUACAUUAAAAUUGUGUGAAUAAUAAUGAACACAUCAGUCAUCCGAAUCUGUGUCAUAGAUGACGCGCGGUUGUUGCUGUUUGUUUUGUUUUUUUAUUAUUUUUAUUGUACAUAGUCGUAUGUGUGGAUGUUAGAGAUGAAUUUUCUACCAUGUAUAUCGCCAUUUAGAUAAUUUUUAUGUUUUCUGUGACAUGGAGAGACGUGGAGCUUUCAUGGUUGGAUGUGCUUAUGUUUCUGACAUCUGUAUUGGUGAUGGAAUCUUGAAUGUGGCGUAUCUCGGGUUGAUUUGGUGCAUGGAGUUGAAAAGUGGUAGAGCAUUUGCUUUGUAUCGGGGAUGUGGUGAGUUUGACCCCCUCUCAUGCCAUUAAGACAUGAUAUUAUAUAUCCAGAGAGCAAAGACACAAUAUUUUAGAAGAUCUUUGACAAUUUACGGUUCGCAGUUAUGGAAUAAUAUGCCAGAAUUUUUAAAAUAUUACCCAACAUUGGAAACUUUUAAAUCCGCUUAUCUUAAAAAAAAAUUUCAUUCGGGAAAUUAAAACCAUAUAGAUUUGUUUUUGAUUAUUUUCAGUUUUAUUUGUAUUUGUUUAUUUAUUUAUUUUGUUUUAUUUUCAAUUUUAAUUAUGUAAAUAGCAUACAUGUAUCUGUAUAAUACUGCUGUCUGUAUAUAUGUUUCAGCAUCACAAUGUAAACUAGUUUUAAACUAAUUGUGCUAUCCUGUUUAAAUAAAGGACAUUAUUAUUAUUACUAUGAUUGAUUCAAACAUGAUCAAACAUAGGUACAUAUUAUAGUGAUUGCUCUUUCGCCAAACGAUGCUAUGAAAUUUUAAAAAGAGGUCCCUUGUCACGGCAAACGUUGGCACGUUAGAGAACCAUCAAUGCUACGAAUCUGUGCGCCAAAUAUAGGUCAAAGUGUGUGGUGAUUCAUCAUCUCAAUAU